AUGGACCGAACAUCUCGUCAGUCAUCAUCUAUGGCUUCAUUCAACCCAGUAGCGGCCUACGCCUCGCCGGUGUCAGCAACAGCAUCCCAGGGGCCGGGAUUCCCGGCGACUGUUGGGCUUGGUAUAUCUGGGCUGGAAGCUUCCUAUGAUCCUAUGACGGGUUACUCCAGUCAGUUUCCUUUUUCCACAAACUGCGUCACUCCGAAUAACCUCACAUUGAACGAGUGUUUCUACAAUCUGCCGUUAGAGGCCGACGACUUUUGUGGAAGGUCGUGCUACGAGAUCUACAAUGGCAUUCCGGAUCCUUCGCAAUCCUCGCUCGGUUUCUACGACACUCAGCCAACGAGCAUAGCCCACGGCUACGAGCCUGGAAUGGAGAUUGGGGUCGGUUAUGACAUGUCUCCAAGACAAAUGACUGGGAUGCCAGGUCCCUGGCCGAAUACGCCACUUUCAGCACCCCCGUCACCGCUACAGUCCAUACCUACUGCAGUAGCUCAGACGAUAGAGAGCCAGUGGAAUUUUGGGAUCUAUCCGCAGUCAAAUACUCCUAUUCAUUCGCAGGCUUCAUCACAUCAUAUUGCGCUCCAUCCACCCAUUCCACUUGUAAGCCAGUGCGAUCCAAGUAGGUCCACAAGUGCCAUGCCAGCCGUUCCCUUCUCUCAAGUUGCCUCCACCAGUGACACUACAGCCGACGCUAUAUCCAAGACAACUAAGCGAGGGAGGAAACCAUCCGCAGAGAAGGGCGGCAAAUGCCCUGUGUGCGGCCUCUACUUUACCCGGCGCUCGAACUGCGUCGCACACCAGAAGAAGCACGACCCCACUUUCCAUCGGGCAAUACCUUGUCAUGAAUGUAGCAAGUCAUUUGGGCGGAACUCAGAUCUCCGGAGACAUAUUGAUACUGUUCACCGUGGGAUUCGCAAGCACGUCUGCAAAUGGUGCUCUCGCCGUUACACUCGGUGGGAAAAUAUGGCUAAACAUUUUGCUGAAUGUGAGGAGCGGCCGGAGAACGAGAGGACGCCACCACCCCCUCAUCGUUUGUCUCGAGAUCCCGAACGCUGUUCUAUCAGUCCUCCUAGGCUGCAGAACUAG